AUGAAAAUUUUGUUGCUCACAGUUCUUUCACUUUUAUUUAUCGUUGAAGAAGUAUGCGGUAGUUAUGAAGAGCGAUAUGAUCUGCAAAAAUUACCACCGGAUUUGAAGCCUAUUACGGAGUUCAUAGGGCUUUGGCAGCUGGAAACAAAAUCUGGUCCAACGCGUGAAUACAGUCCUCCUGAUCUAAUUGAUAUUGCAAUUAAUCCAAUACCAAAAUUUGGUGCUCGUGCUGCUAACAUUACGCAUACUUAUUUUGAUUCACAGAAGAAUAUUAUACGAUCAGAUUAUGGUUUUAUGCCAGUAAAAAAUGCAACAAAACGUGAUCCUCGCGUACAUAUCGCAUAUUUAACUACUAGUAGUGAAGGUUAUUCGAUGAUGGAACAAGGAACAGUUGUAGGCCGUAAAAUUGCAUUCCAUUUGAAACAAUUUCUUCGUCGAACAUUUUCAGUUGGAAGUAACGGUGUCGAAUUAGAUAUUCGAGAGUUUGAACGACGAUUCGAGAUUCUGGAUUUUAAUCAUAUGAUAAUGAAGGUCCGUGCUGAAACCAAUAGUGGAACAGAAAGUUUUUCAGCUACCUAUCGAAAAAUUAUGCCUUAA